GGCGCGCUGGCCUGGAAGCACUGGACCUGGGAGGUGUGCUUGGCGGGUGGCGGUGAGAGGUUUUGGCGGACAUGGCUCCCACCGCGUUAGCGACCGACCCCAAACCGAAGUAUCCUAAAGGCAUCCGGGCGGUACUGUUGGGGCCUCCCGGAGCUGGCAAAGGUACCCAGGCACCAAAAUUGGCUGAGAACUUCUGUGUCUGUCAUUUGGCCACUGGUGAUAUGCUGAGGGCCAUGGUGGCUUCUGGUUCAGAACUUGGGAAAAAACUGAAGGCAACUAUGGAUGCUGGAAAGCUGGUGAGUGAUGAGAUGGUAGUGGAGCUUAUUGAGAAGAAUUUGGAGACCCCUUCAUGCAAAAAUGGCUUCCUUCUAGAUGGCUUCCCUCGGACUGUGAGGCAGGCUGAAAUGCUUGAUGACCUCAUGGAGAAAAGGAAAGAGAAGCUUGAUUCUGUGAUUGAGUUCUGCAUCCCAGACUCCCUGCUCAUUCGGAGAAUCACCGGAAGGCUGAUUCAUCCCAUGAGUGGCCGGUCCUACCAUGAGGAGUUCAACCCCCCAAAAGAACCCAUGAAAGAUGACAUCACUGGGGAACCCCUGAUCCGGCGAUCAGAUGAUAAUGAGAAGGCCUUGAAGAUCCGCUUGGAGGCUUACCACACUCAGACCACCCCGCUGGUAGAGUACUACAGUAAACGGGGAAUCCACUCUGCUAUUGAUGCAUCCCAGACCCCGGAUGUCGUGUUUGCAAGCAUCCUAGCAGCCUUCUCCAAAGCCACAUCUUAGUAGCAGAAGGCCAGGCAAGACUGCACCACUGUUCGUCACCCCACGGCGUGAUCCCUGUUUUUAGGUGCUGGGCAGAAGGGAAGGGUGGUCAGGGGAAGGAGGGAAAGGGAGGGGUGGUGAGGGACUUGACCAUAACUUGGAAGAGCAGUGCUGCUGUAAUGAAUGGGGUUUUCUUACACAUGGAUGGGAGUUUUAGAAGUAUAAAGAAAGAUUAAUUUUUUUAAAGACACUGUGAUUGAAGGGUGUGGAUACAAAUAGGGAGAUACAGUAUUAUAAGCAAUUAGGGUUUUGUUUACUCUGGACUGGUGACAGAUGUUUUUUUAAAGCCAAUGCUCUAAAAUCAGAACCUCAUGGAGUGCUCCACCAAGAACACAGAAAAUCAAACUGUGGUCUUGUCUGUCUAUAGCAUGGAACAGGGAGAAUUUGACUGCGGACAACAUCUUAUGAUCAAAAUAUCAUCUCUAUGUUUGCAAAAGAUAAAGGGUGUGUUAGUUCAGGUGAUGGCUCAGUAAAGCAAGUCUACUAAAAUUAUGAAGGGGGAGAAACCAGUUUUAAUCCUGUCCCCUAACUUUACCAGUCCACUUGCUCUCGUGGCAUAACUCUCAGCAGCCACCUCAAGCCUUACUGAAUUUCAUCCCUGGUGUAUGAAGCAACCUUUUUAAAUAAAUAAGGACUGGAGUGUAGCUCAGAGGCAGAGCACUUACCUGGCAUGUGCGAGGCCCUGGGUUUGAUCCCCAGGACUGUGAAGAAAAAAACAAAUGAGCACGUAUCCUAAGCUAUAUCAUCCAAAGAUUGUCUUUUCCAUCCUCAAAUUCUGUGACUGAGAUCACUUGACAGCACUGUGAUGUAUUAUUUUCAACAAGGUGCCUUUCUUAACUGACCAGAUGCUGCCUUAUUUGGCCCCUAAGUCAAUAAAGAAUGUUAAAAAUU